GUCGUUCCCUCGCAUCCUCCGGGCCGCGGGAGGGCAGAGGCGGCGGCGGCCGGAGCCGGGCCGGGCGGCCUGAGGUGAGAGCCCGGCCGGCCCCGCUGGGAAUAUGGCGACCGGUGGCUACCGGACCGGCGGCAGCGGCGGCAGCACCACCGACUUCCUGGAGGAGUGGAAGGCGAAGCGCGAGAAGAUGCGCGCCAAGCAGAACCCCCCGGGCCCGGCCGCCCCAGGCGGGGGCAGCAGUGACGCGAGCGGGAAGCCCCCGGCGGGGGGUUUGGGCACCUCGGCCGCCGCCGCGGCCAACGAGCUCAACAACAACCUCCCGGGCGGCGCGGCCGCACCUGCCGCCCCCGGCUCCGGGGGCGUGAACUGCGCCGUGGGCCCCGCGGCGCUGCCCCGCUCCGCCCCCGGCCCCCGGCGGCCCGAGGACGAGCCGCCUCCCACCGCCGCGGCCGCGGUCUCCGCCUCGGGGGCACCGCCGGCCCGGGGCGACGACGAGGAGCGGGACGGCGCCCAGGACAAGGGCAAGAGCUCGGGCCCCAGUGCCAGGAAGGGCAAGGGGCAGAUCGAGAAGAGAAAGCUGCGCGAGAAGCGUCGCUCCACCGGCGUGGUCAACAUCCCCGCGGCAGAGUGCUUAGAUGAAUAUGAAGACGAUGAAGCAGGGCAGAAAGAGCGGAAACGAGAAGAUGCAAUUACACAACAGAACACGAUGCAGAAUGAAGCUGCCAGCUUAUUAGAUCCAGGCAGUUCUUAUCUGCUACAAGAGCCAUCUAGAACAGUUUCAGGCAGAUAUAAAAGCACAACUACUGCCUCUGAAGAAGAUGUCUCAAGUAGAUAUCCCCGAACAGAUAGAAGUGGGUUCAGCAGAUAUAAUAGGGAUGCAAAUGCUUCAGGUAAUUUGGUCUCAAGUAGCAUGUUGGAAAAGAAAAUUGAAGAUCUUGAAAAGGAAGUAGUAAGAGAAAGACAAGAAAACUUAAGACUUGUGAGACUAAUGCAAGAUAAAGAGGAAAUGAUUGGAAAACUCAAGGAAGAAAUUGAUUUGUUAAAUAGAGACCUAGAUGACAUAGAAGAUGAAAAUGAACAACUAAAGCAAGAAAAUAAAACUCUUUUGAAAGUUGUUGGUCAGCUAACAAGGUAGAAGAUUCAAGUCCCAGUGUGGAAAAAAUAUUUUAGAACUACUGAUUGAAUGUUAUGGUUAAUGCUAGGAUAAUAUUCCUAUGCUGCAAUACAUUAAGUAUGUAUAUUUAUUUCUAGAAAACAGUGGAUGUUUAUUUUCAAGAUACUUCUUUUUCAUUAUUUCAUAAGAGUAUCAACCUUCAAUUUCACAAUUCAGUAACAUCUUUCAGUUAUUAAAAUGGCAGGUUAUGCCUCUUUUGGUUUUGUGUGGUAUUCAAAUAAUAUAUGGUAUAAAGUCACAACCAUUUGAAAAAUUUUAUCUAUGGUAGUGUAUUUUCUCCCUGAAGGAAUAUACAUGGUCUUUGUUUACAUGAAUUCACAUACUUUUGGGGAGUUACCUGCAAAUGCCUUAUUACUGAUGUGUGCAAACUUUUAUGUGUUGUUGAUUCACUCAGAAACUCAUUUCUACUGUCAUUUGUUCUUUCAACUUAUUUUCAGCAAUUUAGAGAGUGUCACACCGUUUUGUGUAACGGUCAUCUUUAAAAAGGAAAGCUGUUAGGAAAAGUCACUUAAUACCAUGACUAGUUGGCUAAAGAAAAAUAUUAGAGAAUACUUGAAUUGUGCUGCAGUACAUUAAAAUAUACAGUUUUGUAUCUGAAUGUUGAAAACAAAUUUAAAUCACUUCUGAAAAACAUACAAUUUUAUAAUUUCAUUAUAAAAUUUCUUGGGUAGGUCCUACCUUUUUUAUUAUUUCAAGGUUUAUAAGUGAACAUGGGAUAUUAAAAAGUUGUUUAUUCAUCAGUCCUGGAGAGUGUGUACAAUUUCAAUGUAUAAAAAAUAAUCCAUAUUUUUAAUUAUCAUUUGCAUUAAAUAAAAACCAAAAUAUUUAUCCACAAAAACAUUUAUACUUAUAUUUACAAAACAGUACAUAAACAAAAAUAGUACCAAAAUACUUUCCUUAUUUCUAACUUGGAGAAUAAUAACACUGUGAUACAGUGGUCUCAUGUGAAAGAAUUAUUCCCCUACCUCAAAUUUAAGGGAUUUUCUUUCCAACAUUGGAUUUUUAAAAACAAUUUUUAAAAAUUUUGAAGAAUUAUACAAAUUUUCUAUUAAAUAUUAUUAAUGUUUAGAGUUGUUUUAUAUUAUAUUUUCAUGCUGAGUAAGGAAACCCCCUCUUUUAAAAUAUGUUAACAUUAAGAAAUGUCUGUCUGAUAGUUGAAUUGUAAACCGUAUACAGAUAAUCCUUUUGUCCAGUUAAACAUAGUAAAACCCAUUUUGGGUACCCUGCUGACUCUUUUUCUUCACUUGCCAAUUUCCUUCAUUAUUGACUAUUAGAAAAAUAGGGAAGUGAAACAGUUGGACCAAAUGUAGAGUAAAUUUUGAAUUUUAAAACUCCUUGUGGUUAGUUAGAUUGGCUUCUCACUUGAGAAGUUUCAACCUUGGCUAAUCAUCAGGAUCACUUGGGUUGCUUACAAAGAAUUCCCUGGCUGUAAUUUCUAGCUAGAUUUAGGUUGAGAGCCUGGACAGAAUGUUUAAAGCUUACCAUCUGAUGAUUCUGAUCAUAACCUAGGUUUGGAAAUAGCUGCUGUCUAUAUCCUCCUAUAUCUUCCAUUGAUACCCUAGAAUUAAUGUAUGUUAGCUACUAGCAUUUUGUUUCCUUUUAGUUUAUUUAAUAAUUUAUCUGGCCCCUGGGGAAGUUUUCAUAUGUCUAUAUAUAUUUACCAAAAAGGUCAAUGUUAGAUUACCAAACUUGAUAUAGUUGCAGAAUUACUACAUAAGGACAUCAUUUCGGAGAACAUUACCCAGCCUGGGAACAGCCACCUGCUGCCCACGUGUCACAGUGGUACGCCAGGCUCAGUCACUGCCUUGGCUGUGAGGCACGCUCCUCUCCCUUCAGUUACCCUUCGGUAUGUGGCGGAAAUACUGGUAUUACCUAGUUUUGCAUCGAAGUUUUGGAUGUUGUGAAAAUGCUGUCAGUAUCACCGUAAAAUAUAUUAGUGUGCUGGUUUUUCAGUAAAUUAUUUUAAAUUUCUAUUUAGUCCAUAUGUAAGUAAAGGAAUAUUUCAUUUUCCUUUUUAAACUUAUACCAGUUAUUGAUGUUUUUAAAGAGUGAGGUAUUUUAAAAAUUUUCCUUCAGUUUAUUAGGAAAAAUUCCAACAAUGAUAUUUUACAUAAUGGUACCUAGUACAGGAGCCUAACAGCUUAGGCAAAGCAAUUCACAUGCAGUCCUUCCCCCUGUUCUUAAAAUGUUUAUUUAUAUCACACAUAGAUUUUUACACUGAGUAGUGAAAAAUUAAGUAGAAUCUGCUAUAAUUUCCUUUUAAAAUUUAUAAAAAGCAUUGAGAUUAAAAAAAAAGCAUUGAGAUUUUAAAAAGGUUAACUUUAAAUACAUGUGCACUACUUUAGAAAACUUGGCUGUUGACAAUAAAGUGCUAGUAUGUGAAAUUAUUAGUUCCAUUCAGAAAUUAUAUUUCUUCUAUUUCCUGGGAAUUUAUGGCAUAAUAAAGCAUAUUCAAAGUUUUAA